AUGCUCCGUCGCGCUCGAGUGGCUCGGAGUCUCCAGCCGCGGCGCCGCCUCGCUGCCGCAUCAAUCUCCACGAGCGCGCGCCCGGGCUCGCUACUCGCCUACGGCGCGCGCAUCCUGCGCUGCACUGACCCGCUCGAGAAGGUCUCUCUAACCUUCGAGUGCCAAAACCGGUGGAACUCGGACCAUUUACCAGUAUUUUGCGAAGCGCAAUGGGGCUCCCACUUCCCUCCAGACCUCCCAGCGCGAGGCCCCAAACCGGAACUUUUACCGCCCAAGCAGAUGCCGAGUAUGAAGCAACUGCAGACUCAAGCCAGUAUACCGGUAAUUAUGCUCCACGCCCUGGCGCACAUCGAGUUGGGCGCCAUCGACAAUUACUGGGACACAAUUGUGCGCUUCGACCCGGUGCAGCACCAGCUACCGAAAGAGUUUUACGACGAUUUCCUCAAAGUGGCGGCGGACGAGGCGAGACAUUUCAAAAUGGUCGACGACAGAUUAAGGGAAUUGGGCUCCGAAUACGGGGCAUUGCCCGCUACGAGGGCUUUAUUGGAACACGCCGCCAACACUGCGGCAGAUUUGGCCGCGAGGAUCGCAGUGGUGCCGUUGGUGCAAGAGGCGAGGGGCUUGGACUCCGGCGACCGACUCAUCCAUCGGAUCAAGUCCAUGGGGGACAAGGCCUCGGCCAAAGUGGUGGAGCAGAUUGUCUGGGAGGAGCGGCAGCACGUGCGGUGCGGCAUCAAGUGGUUCAAGCAUAUUGCAAAAGUGCAGAACAGGGAGAAGGACCAAGUUGCGUAUUUUCAGGAACUUGUGCUGCAGUUUUUCCCCGACGGAUUACCGGGACCAUUCGAUGUUGAAGCGAGACUUGCAUCAGAUAUGAGCACGGAAUGGUACCAACCGCUGGAGAGUAAGGUGGCGCACUCUGUGGCAGCGUUUGCAGCCAGCAAGAAGAAGGUGAUCUUGGCGGGGUCGGUGUGGCCCGAACGCACCAGUUCGGCGGCUGGAGUUCGUAGCGCGGAUAUUAUCAGUGUGCUGCAAGAACGGGGAUUUCAAGUGCUCUGUGUGUCUCCGAGCCGGCUGAAUGAUCACACGGCUCGACUGGAAGAGGAGCAGGGGGUGCGCAGCAUGCAGGCGGACGCCAAUACGGAUGCGUUCCAGAAUCUGCUGCUUGAAACGAUGCCCCAGCUCGUGGUCUUUGAUCGAUUCAUUGCCGAAGAGAUGUACGGAUGGCAAGCGAAGAAGUACGCGCCAGAAGCACUACGCGUGCUCGAUCUGCAGGACGUGCACUUUGUACGUAAAGCUCGGGAGUUUGCGGUCAAGAAGCAAGGCGUGGGGUUUGAGGAUACGCUGGAUGGUCAGCGAUUGGACAUCGCUCCGGUCGAAAAGAUUGCCAUUCGCGAACUUGCGUCCAUCCACCGCUCAGACCUUACGCUGUACGUGUCAGACUUCGAGCGCGACCUGCUGAUCUCGCGCUUCCAGGUUCCUGAUUCGGGUUUGGAGCGCUGCGACUUUUUCUAUCCAGAAAUUGGUUCGACGACUUUAAAGUCGUUUGAUGAACGAAAGGAUAUUGCUUUCAUUGGUAGCUUCAAGCACGCACCCAACGUCGACGCCGUCGAGUGGACCAAGAAAACUCUCCUACCGCUGUUUCGCAACAUUGGCGGGGAAGCUGAGGUGCAUAUUUACGGCUCCUACGGCGAGUCCAAGCGCUUUGCAAUGCUGGACGACCCGACACAAGGCUUCCGGAUGAAGGGCUUUGCGCCAGAUGCACACGACACGCUGAGUCAGUACCGCCUGAGCAUUGCGCCGCUUAGAUUUGGUGCUGGUAUCAAGGGUAAGAUCGCGGACAGUUGGUUUGUUGGUACGCCCUGCGUGAGCACUUCGAUCGGCUCCGAGGGUAUGACUCUGGAGAAUAUGCCGUGGGGUGGAGCUGUAGCCGACGACCCGCAGGCGUUCGUUACCGAUAUGCAGCGACUGUACAACGAUGAGCCCCACUGGAAUACUGCGAGAGAUGCGGGUGUUGUAGCAUGCUCGGAACGAUACGAUCGCUCGCGCAAUGCUGAUAGACUGAUGGAGCGUGUGGAACGUGCUAUGAGUGAGAAGCACGCGCUUCGUGAGAAUAACUGGAUGGGGCGCAUUCUCUGGUCCGAGAAGUUCCGUGCGACUGAGUACAUGUCGAGGUACAUUCGCGCGAAAAACGGGGCUGAAUAG